GGAUUCGAUACCCUGGAGAACCCGAUCCCGAGGGAUACGAGGAGAUUUUUAUGUACCGAAUGUGGGAAGAGCUUCGACCACAGCGCCUACCUCCUCCGCCACCAACGCAUCCACUCCGGAGAACGUCCUUAUCCCUGUCCAAAAUGUGGGAAAACUUUUACCUGGAAUUCCCACCUGAAUUCCCAUCAAAAAACCCAUACGGAUGAUAUUCCCUAUAUUUGUUCCGAAUGUGGGAAACGUUUCAGCGCUCGCUCCAAUCUUUUCCGUCAUCAACGUAUCCACACGGGAGAAAAACCUUAUAAAUGUCCCGAAUGCGGGAAAAGUUUCAGGCAGAGCUCGGAUCUCAUCCAACAUCGUCGGACGCACACCGGAGAAAAACCCUUUUCCUGCUCGUUUUGCGGGAAAUCCUUUAACGAACGAUCCCAUCUCAUCCGACAUCAAGGUCGACAUACGGGAGAAAAACCCUAUAAAUGUCCGGAAUGUGGGAAAAGCUUCGUCCAAAGCUCGGAUCUCCUUAUCCAUAGGCGAUCCCACGCCGGCGAGACUCCCUAUACGUGCUCCGAGUGCGGAAAACGCUUUAGGGUCAGUUCCAGCCUGGUACGACAUCAAGGAUUACACACGGGAGAAAAACCUUAUAAAUGCGGAGAAUGCGGAAAAGGCUUCAGCGCUCGUUCCGUUCUCGUCAUCCAUCAACGGCUCCAUACCGGAGAACGACCCUACGAGUGUCCGGCUUGCGGGAAGCGUUUUAUCCAAAGUUCCAACCUCAGUCGACAUCGACGGAUCCAUACGGGUGAGAAACCGUAUCCCUGUUCCGUCUGCGGGAAGAGGUUCAGCGUCCGGUCCACUUUGGUCAAGCACCAGCGGCUCCAUGAGUCGACCAGGGAGGAGAAAGAAUUCGGGUCGUGGGGAAAAACAAGCGGAGGAGGAGGAGGAGGAAUUGCACCGUAG